GGGGGGGGAGGCGAAUCCUCUGGGGGUGACGUGCGUGUGCGCGUGUGUGCGUCCGGUUGCUCUCGCUGCUUCUGUAAGCUUGCGGGUGUGUGCGGUUUGUACCCCUGCAGUCAGUGCUGGAUUCUGCUCCCACGCGCGUCCGGGCACCUGCUGGGUGUAUGUGUGUGUGUGUGUGUCUGUCUGUCUGUCCGGGCACCUGUGUGUGUGUGUGUUGUGGCUUCGGGCUCUAUUGUGGGCUAUUCUGCAUUUGUGUUUCCAUACGUGGUUCCUGGAGAGUGAAUUCCUGGAGGAACUGCUGGGCCCGUCAGCUCCCACCUGGCUCACACUGCGGCUCGCCCCUCCUCUCAGCAGUCUGGGGCCCUGGCAGGGCCAUGGCGCUGCCCCCAGGCCCGGCUGCCCUCCUGCACUCACUGCUGCUCGUGCCAGGCCUCCUGAGCUCAGGUCGGGGGGAGUUGGCACCACAGAUCGAUGGUCAGACCUGGGCGGAGCGGGCACUUCGGGAGAAUGAGCGCCACUCCUUCACCUGCCGGGUGGCAGGGGGCCCUGGCACCCCCCAACUGGCUUGGUACCUGGAUGGGCAGCUGCAGGAGGCCAGCACGUCAAGACUGCUGAGCGUGGGUGGGGAGGCCUUCUCCGGAGGGACCAGCACUUUCACUGUCACUGCCCAGCGGGCCCAGCACGAGCUCAACUGCUCCCUGCAGGACCCAGGCAGCGGCCGGCCAGCCAACGCCUCUGUCAUCCUCAACGUGCAGUUUAAGCCAGAGAUCGCCCAGGUUGGAGCCAAGUACCCGGAAAAUGAGGGCCCAGGCCUCUUAGUUGUUCUGUUUGCCCUGGUGCGUGCCAACCCACCUGCCAAUGUCACCUGGAUCGACCAGGAUGGGCCGGUGACUGUCAACACCUCCGACUUCCUGGUGCUAGACGCCCAGAACUACCCCUGGCUCACCAACCACACCGUGCAGCUGCAGCUCCGCAGCCUGCCGCACAACCUCUCCGUGGUGGCCAGCAACGAUGUGGGAGUCACCAGUGCCUCGCUUCCGGCGCCCGGGCUCCUGGCCACCCGGGUGGAAGUGCCACUGCUGGGCAUCGUCGUGGCUGGAGGGCUUGCCCUGGGUACCCUAGUGGGGUUCAGCACCUUGGUGGCAUGCCUGGUCUGCAGGAAAGAGAAGACCAAAGGCCCCUCCCGGCGCCCAUCUCUGAUCUCUAGUGACUCCAACAACCUGAAACUCAACAACGUGCGCCUGCCGCGGGAGAACAUGUCCCUCCCGUCCAACCUGCAGCUCAAUGACCUCACUCCGGAUUGCAGAGCAGGGAAACCAGCAGACCAGCAGAUGGCUCAGAAUAGCAGCCGGCCAGAGCUUCUGGACCCAGAGCCCGGCGGCCUCCUCACCAGCCGAGGCUUCAUCCGCCUCCCAAUGCUGGGCUACAUCUAUCGAGUGUCCAGCGUGAGCAGCGAUGAGAUCUGGCUCUGAGCUGCAGAUGGGCCCCGCUGCACCCUCCCACUCCUGCUCCAAGGCAUCCGGGCCUGGCCACGCCACCGCCACUUGGCUGCCUCCUGGCUGCUGUGCCCUCUCUGAUGGUUUCACUGGGCCCUGAUGCACAGGGGCACAGAUGUCCUCUUGCCUGAGCCCCUUGUGCUGACUCAGGCUGGGGACCGCACGAGAUGGCUGGGCCCAGGCAGGGGAGCUCUUCGGUCAGGUGGGUUACCUUGUCACCCGGCAUCCAGGUGUGGCGUGGCCCCAAGGCCCCCAUCCCGUUCUACCUUGUACAGUAGGCAUGGGGCCGCCUGUGGGGGGGGACAGGGAGGGCCAUGCACGUCCUGGACCUUCCUGUGCUAUGUAGCUUUGUCCCCUCAGGGAAAUGUAGGACCCCCCCCCCCGCCAGCUGCCCAGCCCAUCUGCCCUCCACACAGGAGCCGGCCCCUAGCCCCAGGGCCCUGGCCAAGCACAGCCUAGUCCCUUUUGCUGCACACCUCUCUGUCCUCUGUCCCCUUGCCCUGCCUCCUCCCGGGCAUCAAAGAUUAUACACUGGACUUUCUCCUUGGGGCCCUAGACGACCCCAAAGGCCUGGCCCCUGACAGUGCCAGUGCCUGGUGUUAGCACAAGUCGGGUUGAAGGAGGAGGUGACAAGUCUGUGGCACUCAGGACAGCAUGUAGCUAUGCAUCACUUUUACAGUGUUGGCACUUUAAGCACAGCCCCCAGGGAAGGGGGUGAGCGAGGGCCCCAGAGCCCCGAGUUUGACCUCUCUGGCAUUCACUGUGAGUGACCGAGGCUCAGGAUCGAUUGUGGCUUUCUCUCUCUGCAUGUCUUCCCCUCGGUGGGACCCCAGCCCCGACCACACCCUGGCUGCCCCACCCUCUGCGCUUUAGGGGCUGGUCCCCACAGGCACAGAACACAGUAGUGCCAGCAGUUCCGGGGGUUGUGGAGAGAGAGGGAGCCCACAAACCCCCAAAGCAACCUAAAAAUGCUGUAAAAAGCAACAUGGCGACGACAGGAAAGCACCAGGGUGCAGUGUGUUUCUCCCCUGUUGAGGUCUUAUUUUACAAUUUUUCUCAUGUUACUGCCUAGGACAGUGCAAAGCACAAAGUAAAUUCAAUAAACUUGACUGAAUGGAGUUCCACGUCUUUGCUUCAUUUCUUCAAAUGCCUUCUAAAUGAAAUCUCUGAAUCACACAGUGGAGAAAAUAAAUAGCGAGCACCCACGCACCCACCGCUCGGCUCUGUUCCAUCAACCCACGCCCACGCGGGACGCUGUCGCCGCAGGCGGAGGAUCAGCCUACUUCACAGCGCUGGCCCCACAGUCCUUAUUUUAAAUAUGGCCCCUUACUUCUGUCCUCAGAGUUGCUCCUGCCCAGAGCCUCCUCGGUCAAAGCUGUCCAUCUUCUGUUGGGGCAAGGAGAAGUGUUAAGGACCUCGGAUCAGCAGAGACGGGGAGGGACAUUUCCAACAAGAAAAACAGCCUCCAUAAAGGCUGAGUCAGAAGAGAAUUCCCGAGCCCUGUUUGGAGUGUGCCAAGCGGCUGGGUUUUGCCGUUCACAUCCGGGAACUGUGGACAUGAGGGUCUUGGGGUGGAGACAGAGCAGCCAAAUGGAAAAUCUAAAAAGCCAAGUUGCAGAUUUACGCUUGGUGGCGCUUCAUCUUCUCACGUAUCUGUUACCCUCGGGAGAGCCCAAGAGGUGAGCUCGGGCUCAUUCUGUUUUACAGCUGGGUUAACGAGGCAGAGAAGGUAACUGACCUCUCCCAGGGCCGCAGGGCAGGCAGCCAGGAGGGAGCAGCUGGAGACGGGGGAGAGCGGAGCCCGGAGGCAGUGGCUCAGGACAGGGUGGAGAGCAGAAGGGAUGCUCAAAAGCCCAGGCAUCAGCCAGGAGCUCAGACCGGAAGUGCAGCUCACCCAUGCUAUUCGCAAUCUCUGGGUGUGGAUUCAGCCACAUAAAACUUCGUGUAAUCCCCAGGUCACCACUCGCAGGGUUUGGGAUGUGCUUCAG